AUGACGACUUUUGAUUGUUUGAAUACUGAGCUAUUACUUGAAAUUUUCGACUAUUUGUCAUUCACUGACUUAUUCCGUGCGUUUUUUAAUCUCCAACAAUGCAUCAAUGAUGUCAUUCGAGCCUAUCCAGCAUGUAUUGAUCUAUCGAAGGCGACUGAUCGGAAUGCACUUAUUCAUGGUCCAUUUUUAUGCCGUGCAUUGAUAGCAUCGGAUGAUGAUUCACAAGAAAAUCAUAUGAAUCAGUUGAAUUUAAAUUUUGAAGCCAUUCGAGCGUUUGAAUUUAAAUAUGGUAAUUUUACUAUACUUCAAUCACUUGUCCAGCAAUUACCCAUGAAACAACUUGAAUCGAUCAUAAUCGAAAAACUUCACAGAGCAAAUGAUCCGAAAGAUAUUGAUCAACAAAUUUGGUCGACAAUUGCAAUUGCUGGUCGAAAUGGACUUCGUUAUUUGCGUACAUCUCUUCGAAUCAUUAGAUGGGACGUCGAACAACUCUUGUUCGAUUUGCCAAUCUUACAAUAUGUCAUUCUCAAUUAUAUAUCUGCUAAGGAAAUGUUGGCAUUUGUACGACAUACACCUAAUCUUUACUCUUUCACCGGUCGUGUUACUGCCUGGAACAUUGACAAUUAUGCAUCCGAUUUUAGUCUUUUCACACUCACUCAACUCAACUUGUAUAUUGAAUGUUGUAGUUCAUUCAAAGAACUCCGCCAACUUCUUUCUGUAUGCCCUUGUCUGACUCACUUCAUACUUCGAUUUUGGAUUACGGGAAAUAACGUGAUAAUGGUCAAUGCAACAGAAUGGCAAACAUUAGUCGAACAGUGUUUACCUUGUCUUGUAUACCUGAAAAUUCGAUUGUUCAGAUAUGAGACAAUAAACAAUGAGCCGGAUUUUCAAGAAACAUUUAAUCUAUCGGAAUAUUGGCUUAGACGACAACCACAGUUUGACAUUCAAGUAUGA